UCGGCGCGAAUUUGCCGAAGAGAAAUGAAUGGAACGCGUAGACCUAAGUCGCUGAAGACGGUUCGCUUGGCCGACGUGUUGUACGACGAGCAUAAACGCAUGCUGACACUCUGCCGCAGCUGCGAACGCCAUUUUAUAACGUUCCAAGCGUUCUACAGCCAUAUAACCGACUGUUCGGGACUAAAACAUAUAGUGGCCCCAACCGAACCGCUUUCAUACGAUGACGCCAAGCGGGAAACGAGGCUGGUAAAUGGCCGCCAGGAGCUCCACAUCUACGAUCUUGAGGCGGUGAAGAGUUCGAACGACAGUGCCAUCGACUGGGAGGCAGAGCUGGAGGAUCCGCGCUGGUACACCGACUCCAAGCCCACUGUACAAGCCCAGUCCAAAACCAAAUCCAAGGAAAAUAUUGUCAAGGAGUACUUGGUUGAGCUGACCGAAGAGCCGCCUGAACCGGAAACGGUGCCCAUGAAACGCCAGCGUUGCCAAAGCGCUCCUCGCCGCCCCAUUCUGACCGCCCAGCAGCAGCGAAGGUCACGAACCAGCCUGCCUUCUAACCAACCGCCCACAGCGAAGGCGAAAAAGGACACUAUCCUGGUGCCCAAUGUGCUGGAGGAUCUGAGGCGUCUGGAGGGCUUGCCAGCAGCUCCGAAUAAAUCUCGUUUACCAGCUGAUAGGCCAUCGCAGUUACCGCCUAAGGCUACAUCUCAAAAACCUCCUCAAGCGAUAUCUCAAAAAGCUCCUCAAGCAACAUCUCAAAAACCUCCUCAAGAGACAUCUCAAAAACCUCAUCAAGGGACUUCUCAACAAACUCCUACAGCGACAUCGCAAAAACCUCCUCCCAGGACAUUCCAAAGGGCUGCACCUCCGAUGCCAGCUGACCCUGUUCCUGCCACAACAGUCAAAAUAACACCUCCCCUGCAGAACCCACCCAUUGAUGGGACACAAAAAAUUCUUAACAAACUAAGAGCCUGCGGCGUGGAGGUGAAACGGGGAAAUACGCGUCUCAAUGUCACUACGCCAAUCGAACCUGAUCCAACCAAAAACCAAGCAACCCUGGACAUUAUGCGGAAGCUACAGUCGAAGGGUAUAAGAUGCACCAAAGUCAAAAAACCGUAGGGCUGAUAGUUGUAAUUAUAUAGUAUAUAUAGUUGUAAUUAUAUUAUAUAAUUUUACAAUUAAAUGUGCCUCUGGAGGCAAGAUAUUGACAAUUUAACUUUAUUUAA